AACACGCAACCCAGACAUCGUCAAACCCUAUCCCCUCACGCAUUUUGUCUCUGUAACGAAUCAUCAGCUCCCCAAUUCGAACCCUAACACUAAAAUUGAAUCCCAAUUUAGCAUGAAAGUAAAAGCCAGGGUUCCUCUCUAUUCCCCAAAUCCACCAGACGUUAUGGAAUGACCACCAAAAUUGCUUCCUGUUUCACGAACCCUAAUCAAGCGUUCUCUCUCUGUUUCUCUUUUUGAGCUCGUCUUUUGUUUAAUGGAGGGCUCUGCGGUUGAGGAUCUCGGAGCCCCCGAGUCAUGGGAGGUGGCGGAUCUGGACGCGAAUUUGAGCAGAUUGAUGCUCAGAGACUCCAAUUCUUUAAAAAAAGAUUCAUCGGAAUCGCUCUCAGAUGAUUUCUUGAACUCAGCUUCCGUAUCUGGUUCUUUGUUAUCAACUUCGGCUGGUACUGAGGUGGUCUCGCAGGAUGUCAUCAAUCAGGUGGAUCAGUUCCUCCGCGAAGCUCUGCAGAACCCUCGAGAGCGUCUUUCUGUUCUCCGGAUGGAGCAAGCUGUUGAAAAGUUCAUUCGUGAUCCUAAUCAGCAGCAGUUAGAGUUUCCACAAUUGCCUACUUCAUAUCUACGGUUGGCCGCACACCGUGUGGCACAGCAUUACUCUCUACAUUCUAUGGUUUUAUCAGAUAAUAAUCUAUCUGACAGUUCUGGUUCUAGAAUUAUUGUCUGCAAGACUUCUGAGUGUAGGCUUCCACUGAUUCGCCUGGCUGACAUCCCUGUAAAUUUGCCAGCUGAAGAGGGUGGUGUUGUCAAGGUUGCAAUUAAACAAAGGCCACAGAAACAAUCGCAAACUUUCGGCAACUCAAACUCAAAUUCUUCGAAGAAAAACAAUUCCAGGAGCAUGGAGGAAAGAAAAGAGGAGUAUAACCGGGCUCGUGCUCGGAUAUUUAACUCCAGUAAUUCUAGUGGUGGCAGUGGAAAAAUGGAAAUUGAGCCAAAGUUGCCAGAUACUUCUCGGCAUGGUUCCUCAGGGAUAUCGAGGUUGGAAGAAAAGUCCUCUUCUGGGUUACCUGAUGUGAAUGCGGGGAGGUGCCCGAUUGAAUCUUCUACAAGUACCAGUAGAUCGACUAGGGGUAGGUCUGAGAAGGAACCUGCUAGUAGGUACCAACCAAAUAAUAGGGUGGCUAUUUUUCGUGACUGUGAAGUUGAGCGUAAGGAUCCUGAUUAUGACAGGAGCUAUGAUAGGUAUAUGCAAAGAUUUGACCCUGGAUUUGGAUUUAAUGGAGGGUCAUAUAUCAUGCAGCCUAUGUACACCCCUGCUGUAACCUAUAACACUGAAUUUCCACAACUUGGAUUGACCCAUAGGCCUCAGAUAUCUGUGGAACAUCAGUCACGGUCACUCCCUCAACAUUUACCUGGGCCUUGGACUGCCCCAUCAUCUCCUGCCGGAAUUGGCUAUGGUCAUCCUGAAACCAUGAUGCCGUCAUUUAAUCCGAAUCAUGUUGGUUCACGCCCCACAUCUGCAAUAUAUCUGCAUUCCCCCCAGUAUCCUUGUCAGCGUCCUGGAUUGCCUUACAUCCAUCAUGAACAUGCUCACCCUCCUUUUGCACAGUCUCAUCAACAGCAAGCUGAUGCAAGUUUCGGAUUAGCCCGGCCUCGUUGAGGGGCUUGGGCCAUGCCUGCAUCCUGCCAGCUGGAAGGUUAAAGUAUGAUUGAUGCGCUAUCUGUGAUUGUCAACUGGCAAGGGUGCAGGCAUAGAGAACCAAGGUGAACUGGCGUGCAUGUAUUUGCUCUAAUGAACAAUAAAAUUGAUCCAUUCCACCAUACUUGGUUCUAAGCUUCUUUUCAUCUUUGAACAACGGUGAAGAAGCGCAAGGGUUUAUCAGAUCCUUUGUUUUGUCAGAGCUUUCUGCUCUGUUUCCAUAUCGAUGAUGAUGAUGAAGAAUGAAACCCGAGAGACUUAGCAGAGCUGGUAAUGUAAAAUCUCACCAGAAAUGAAGCGAUGCAAGGAGCGAAAAUAUGAUCGUGAAGAAUUAAUCUGAAAUGGGUGGCAAUUCACAUUUGGCUUUUUGGAGUUUUGGCGUACGUCAGUCUCCCUCCUUACGAAGCUUUUGUUGUUGGGUAUUUUAUCCAUUCUCAUGAACAUCAGCCUGCUGCCUGCAUUAGAAGAAAAUGAAGCACCCUCGUAUACCAUAGUAAUACUAGUUUGGACUGUAAUAGUUAUUUCACUUGCUCUCAUGCUUUGUGUGUAUCAGUCACCCUCAGCUCUCUGAACAUAUUCUCUCCUUAUAGCAUAAAUGGUUGAUUUCUGCAUAUUAUCAUUUUG